AUGGGUCUUGACUACAAGGUAUUCACGAGCAAACGUUCCGGCGUGAAUCGGUCCACACCAGCCGGCCAUGAUCACCUCAAGUGGGUGCCAACCACCUCGACCUUGAUAUUCGGCCAAAAGGAUGCGAUACUGGUCGAUACCCAGUUGACCAUAACUGCAGUCAAAGAUUUGGUAGACUGGGUUGUGGCAACUGGGAAAAACCUCACUGCAAUCUAUGUCUCCCACGCCCACGCCGAUCAUUUCUAUGGCAACGGAGCCCUCCUCGAGAAAUUUCCCGAAGCAAAGGUCAUAGCUACGCCGGAGACUGUCUCUCGAAUGACAGAAGCCAUAUCUCCCGAAGGCAUGGACUCUUUUUGGAGAAAUCUCUUCCCUGGGCAGAUCCCGGAAAAGCUUGUGAUGGCUACUCCUCUCGAGCAAGACCACUUUUUUCUGGAAAGUGAGCGGUUAGAAGUGGUUAGAAUGGGCCAUACGGAUACAGAUGAUACAACGGCCCUCUGGGUGCCUACCAUUGGUCUGGUUGUUGCCGGAGACGCAGUCUACGACAAUACCCAUCCGUACCUUGGAGAAUCAAAAUCCCAAGAGGCGAGAUCGCGAUGGGUGGCUGCGCUCGAUCAGAUUGCGGCUCUGAACCCGAAAAUUGUCGUUGGCGGUCAUAGCGAUCCAUCUAAGGGAUUCUCGCCUAUUGCUGUUCAAGAAACCAAGGACUAUUUGGAUGAUUUUGCGCGACUGGAUGGACAUACAUCCAGUGCCGAAGAAUUGUACACCCGAAUGUUGGAAUUGCAUCCCACUCGAUUGAAUGUUGGGUCGCUAUGGGGAGGUGCAACACUCGUGAAAAAAUGA